AAUUCUAGUAUCAUUCUGUUCAACUGAUUAUGUUUUCCAAUAUAGACCUAUACAAUACAAAUAACCUAGAUUUUUUUUUUUUUUUUUUUUUUUUUUUACAUGUAAUCCGUUAUUUAUUCAUUUCAGAUGUAUUAAAAUAUAUUGCACAUGUUGGUGUUUGUCAUUUCAAUGUGUAGUAAGAUAAGCGGUUUAUAUACAUGUAUUUGGAUUUUUAAAUCCCGAUGCUUUAUCAUUAAACUAGCUAUUACCAUUCAAAACCAAAUAGGCAUGUAUUAGAUAUUUCUAAUGUUCUAAUUAUAAUAUGUAUCAUUGUGAAUUAGGGAAAUAUGAAGGUACAACCAGCAUUAAAAAUUUAUGUAUUUCCGCUUCCUUGUGUAACAAACAUGAGGAGUUAAUGAAAGCAUUACCGUUGAUCACCAGAAACUGAUAACCGAGGAUGAUGAUUUGGAUAAGAGAGAUACUGAUGGUGUCUUUGUUCAUUACGUUUUCCCUGCAGUUGGUCGGCGGAAAUGGUUCGUCGUGUGAUGGACCUUUCAAAUGUUGCAGUGGGUACAAAUGGGAUAGAUAUACUGAAAAAUGUCUCCCCUGUGAGGUAGGGUAUUAUGGGGGAAAUUGUACAGAGCCAUGUCCAUUUCCCUCCUUUGGAGAGGAUUGCCAGUCAUUCUGCAACUGCUCUGAAGAUCAGUGUAAUCAUGAAAAGGGAUGCUCAAAAGGCGAGACGUCAAUACAAAGUGACACUGCAUUAAUGUGGAAAACGUUGAACGAGAAGGAAAUAGGGAUGGUUAUCAGCAUUACGACACUAGGACUACUGUUUAUUGUCUUAACAGUCAUGUACAUCUGGGUAUCUCAUCGACUUCGUGUAGAAACAAAUAAUCGUAGGGAAGCAACAGAGGAUUUUGAUGAAAACUCUGGAGCAUGAAAAACCGUGUAAUGUGUUACAAAAUGCACCGUAUCAGGACAUGGUGUGUUACACCUGUAUUUGUAUUUACCUAUGAUUUGUAAUUGAUAGACUUUUCAUGCUUACAUGUGUAAUAUUCAUAAUUGUAUAUGUAAACUGUGACUUGCUGGUUGUCUUUCAAUUCAAAAUAAACAAUUUACGGAACAUAUAU